AUGGUGCAACUUGUAAAAACCUGCUUUCUAAUCUUUAUCGGACAACAAUUAGCCGAUGCCUUUGGCGCAAAGGAGCAUCGAAAACUCCGCAAUUUAACAUGCAUUUCGACCAAGACGAUCCGACAAGAUUCCGAGAUGCUGCGAGAUGCAAAGAGGCCUCAUCUGAUUUUUCCAGGAGGCGGUAUUUUCUUCUAUUGGCAAGCAGGCGCUGUUACUUUUUUGCGCGAUAACGGCUACGACCUGGCAUCCACUUCCUCGACUGGGGCGUCAGCUGGUGCCCUCACUGCUACUCUAACAACUAACGACGUUGAUUUCUAUGAGGCAACCGAUCUGGCCUUACGAAUAGCGAAAGACGCAGGCGUGUGGGAUCGCAACAGAGGUUUGCAGGGUAUUUGGGGUCCGAUGAUUUACGAUUGGUUGGACGAAAUAUUGCCAGCGGACGCUGCUGCUCGAUCGAACAAGCGAGGUCUAUCACUCCUCGUUACGAAAAUCCCUUCGUUAGGCACAGAGAAAAUUUGCGCUUUCGAUAGCAGGAAAGAUUUGAUUGAAUGCAAUAUGGCGAGCGUUCACCUACCCUGGUUUCUCGAUGAGAUCGUCACUACAUUGACGGCAGUUUCCUCGCAAGUCAACGUGAUUAUCAUUCACGGCGAAAGUCAAGCUCUACGCUUGUUUUUGACUACAAGGAAGAUCCGUUUCAUAGAUCUCGAAGUCUCAUAG